AAAAAGACAAAAUAAGACAUAAAAUAAAAUAAUCUAAAACAAGAUAAGAUUAAGUUUGUCUUACGAGUUAUUCCAAGCCCAAAAUGAUCUUGUAUUUUAUAUUGUAAAAUGUAUUUUUAUUCUCAUUAAUAUGACAAUAAUAUAUUUUGCUCUGAAAGAACAGCACACUUGAUGUGAAAACAGUGUUUUUUGUUACUGUGUUUGAGUGUAUCGACAUUAUGUAUGGAGCUGUGCAUUUUCCGUGGAGGUUUCAUUGUCAAGCUGCAGGUUUAGGAGCAGUUUCAGUAGUUGUAGGAGACCAUCACCUCCACCAGAUGUCAUCCUGUUCCUCCUAACCUCAGUCAAAGGUGAUGGCAUUCCUGGAUCCUCCCUCCACCUCAGGGUAUUCUCAGAGGAUGCACAGGUAGACAACACUGUUUGGGAUCAGAUCCACCACCCCAAACCUCCAGGAACUACAUCAAGAAACUUUUUUUCCAUUUUCAUCAAUUUCCCAUUUUUAGUUUUUGAAAUCAAACAAUGGCCAGCGCAGGUAUUCAACUUCUUGGCUUCACCUUGGCCUUUUUGGGCUUCAUCGGCUCGAUAGCAUCCACAGCCAUGGUGGAAUGGAAAGCUUCGUCCUACGCAGGAGACAACAUCAUCACAGCUCAGGCGCUGUACGAAGGGCUGUGGAAGAGCUGUGCAUCACAGAGCACGGGGCAAAUUCAGUGUAAACAGUAUGAUUCACUCCUCCAACUACCAGGGAUUGUCCUGGGCACACGAGGGCUGAUGCUGUCUGCCAUCAUGCUGUGCUUAAUUGCUAUACUGGUGGCAACGGUGGGCAUGAAGUGCACCACCUGUCUGGCAGAACAACCGCAGCAGAAGGACAAAGUGGCUCUAGCUGGAGGGGUUAUCUUCAUCAUCGCUGCUCUGCUUGCUCUGGUGGGAACGUCUUGGUAUGGCCACAGAAUAGCAAAAGACUUCUACGACCCAUUCACUCCAACUAAUUCCAGGUAUGAAUUUGGAAGCGCCCUGUAUGUUGGAUGGGGGUCUGCAUGUCUCAUCCUUAUAGGAGGAGGCUUCCUCUGCGCCAACUGCUCCGGCAAGAGCUCAAGCAAAGCUCCACGCUACCCGCCGUCCCGCUCUGCAGGCCAGCCGGGCAAGGACUACGUGUAGGACAAUCACUCCACCUGGAUGGAAGAGUGCUGUCUCUGCAGGGAUGUGUCUUCAGUAUGUCAUUCAGAUUUUUUUUUAUUUUAUUUUUGCAACAUGUAUAUUUGCAGGUGUUACAUUUGGUGUAUGUUUGUAUUUGGUGUUUUUCAUUCUUUAAUUAUUAAGAAAGGGAACCUCAACAGAUCAACAACAGGCAUUACUAUUAAAGAUGAUGACAACGUUUACCCAUUUUUAUUUGCUUUGUUUGGAGUCAUUAUUCUUUCAUAUUAUGUAAAAUAAAAUCCUCAUUACUUUCCUAGUACUGUGUG